AUGUACAAACGAGACCGGGCAUUAAAGCAGCAAAAGAAAGCUCUCAUCCGGGCGAGUGGCUUAAAGAUGGAAGCCACGCCCCCUUUGCUGUCAUCACCUCAGUCUGACUACAGCUUCAGCACCGCUCUGUCCACCCCGGCUCCAAAAAACACCCAUCCAAACAUCGGCACCUCGGUGGCCCCUAUCGAUUACGAACGCAACCUCUACGCAUCCAGUUCCCUGAGCUUAUCCGUCCCCAUCCCAGCCCACACCCCUCUGCCAGCACAGUACCCAGCGUAUCCCGCCCUGCCCAGCCGCGCCAUCAAGUCAGAGUACCCGGACCACUACACAAGCUCAGAGCACUACACCAGCGCCAGCUCCCCAGAAUCCAUUCCAGGCUACACAUACGUCGACCAGACGCGAGUGUCAACCAGUCCGCCGCUCGCCCCGCCGGGCUUAAUGGUACCGCCACUGGUUCUGGAGUUUGUUCGCUGUGAGCAAGAUGAGCUGCAGGUGCAAAGCAAGAUAAGCGCUCACCUGGCCCACCUGCAGCAGGAACAGAACUGUCUCGCUGCCAAACAGGAACGGCUCAGCACUUUCGGCCUGAUGUGCCACAUGGCCGAUCAGACGCUCUUCUCUAUAGUGGAGUGGGCGCGGAGCUGCAUCUUCUUUAAGGAGCUCAAGGUGGGAGAUCAGAUGAAGUUGCUGCAUAACUGCUGGAGUGAGCUGCUUGUGCUGGACUACAUCGCCAGACAGUUGCAUCAUGGGAAAGAGGACAGUGUGCUUCUCAUUACUGGACAGGAGGUUGAGCUUGCGUCCUUACUGGCCCAGGCAGGGGUCACUCUGAGCGGGAUGAUACAGAGAGGUCAGGAGCUGGUGCACCGUCUACAAGAGCUUCAGCUGGACCGCAGAGAAACCGCCUGUCUCAAAUACCUCAUCCUCUUCAACCCUGAUGUGAAACUGUUGGAAAACCAGCCUUACGUGGAGAGUGUGUACGAGCAGGUGAACGCCGCGUUGUUGGAGUACACACUGUAUGCGUAUCCGCAAUUCCCGGACCGGUUUACCCAGAUUCUGCUGCGCCUUCCCGAGCUCAGAGCACUGAGCACACAAGCUGAAGACUACCUGUGCUACAAACACCUGAGCGGAGAGGUGCCAUGCAACAACCUUCUCAUAGAAAUGCUGCAUGCCAAGAGAACCUGCAUCUGACACACACACACACACACACACACACACACACAGGCCCGAUUCCUUUCGCAGAUGACACUGUUAUCGACUAGAUGUUUU